UCCAGGAGGUUCUGUACGUGGCAGCGACCAAAACCCCUCUCUAUCCUGUUCAUAACCAGGGGGUACCAACUGAAACUGUGUCCACAUACCAAGGUGUGACGUUGCUCUGUAAUACCCAAGAGAAAAAAGGUUAUUGAAAAAGACAGAAUGAGGAAGUCUCUGUUUUUCAUCUCCUGGGCUCUGCUCUGCUGCUGCUGGACCACACAAGCAGAGAUCUUCACCUCUAUAGGUGAGUUGACAGACCUGAUCUACACAGAGAAAGAGCUGGUCCAAUCCCUGAGGGAGUACAUAAAAGCAGAGGAGUCAAAGCUCGCUGCAGUCAAAAGCUGGGCCAAGAAACUGGAUGCUCUGACCAGAGUGUCCACCUCUGAUCCAGAGGGUUACCUCGCCCACCCAGUAAAUGCCUACAAACUGAUGAAGAGACUCAACACAGAGUGGUCUGAACUGGAGAGCCUGGUGCUUCAGAACCCUUCAGAUGGGUUCAUUUCCAACAUGUCCAUACACAGACAGUACUUCCCAGAUGAGGAGGACGAGACGGGUGCAGCCAAGGCGUUGAUGCGUCUUCAGGACACGUACCAACUGGAUUCUGAGGCCUUCUCAAGAGGAAAGCUGCCAGGUUUGCACUCCAAUGCCUUUUUGACAGUGGACGACUGCUACGACAUGGGGAAGACGGCUUAUAACGACGCAGACUAUUAUCAUGCUGUGCUAUGGAUGCAGCAGUCUUUGAAGCAGCUGGAUGCUGGGGAGGAAGCUGUGGUUUCCAAGGCGGACAUUUUGGACUACCUCAGCUACUCUGUUUACCAAAUGGGAGACCUGCCUCGAGCCAUUGAACUGACACGCCGGCUGGUGGCUAUUGAACCCGGCCACCAGAGGGCAGGAGGAAACCUCCGUUAUUUUGAGCGGUUACUGUUCAAGCAGCUCAAUGAGCUGAACCAGGCCUACCAGCCUUCCUCUGAGGAGCCCAUCCAGCUGGGAACCUACAGCAGACCUAAGGACCAUCUCCCAGAGAGAGAGGCGUACGAGGCCCUCUGCAGAGGAGAGGGGCUUCAAAUGAACGAAAAGAGGCGCAGCCGUUUGUUCUGUCGCUACCAGGAUGGUAAGAGGAACCCUCGUCUCCUGCUGAAGCCCAUGAAGGAGGAGGAUGAGUGGGACAGCCCCCACAUCGUUCGCUACCUGGACGUCCUGUCACACGAGGAGAUUGAGAAGAUUAAGGAGCUGGCCAAACCCAGGCUUGCCAGAGCUACUGUCCGUGAUCCCAAAACGGGUGUCCUGACCACAGCCAACUACAGAGUAUCAAAAAGUGCAUGGUUGGAAGGAGAGGAUGACCCCGUCAUUGAAAGGGUUAAUCAGAGAAUAGAAGACAUCACAGGCCUCACAGUCAACACUGCAGAGUUACUUCAGGUUGCUAACUACGGAGUUGGAGGACAGUAUGAGCCACAUUACGACUUCUCAAGGAAAGAUGAGCCUGAUGCUUUCAAAAGAUUAGGCACUGGAAAUCGUGUGGCAACUUUUUUGAACUACAUGAGUGAUGUCGAGGCGGGAGGUGCCACGGUCUUCCCUGACUUUGGAGCAGCAAUCUGGCCUAGAAAGGGGACGGCAGUGUUCUGGUAUAAUCUGUUCAAGAGCGGGGAGGGAGACUAUAGGACCAGGCAUGCAGCCUGUCCUGUCUUAGUAGGAAGUAAAUGGGUGUCAAACAAGUGGAUUCACGAGCGAGGACAAGAGUUCAGGAGACCCUGUGGCCUGACAGAAGUGGACUGAAGUUUGACCCACAUCUAAGGAACAUGCAAACAAAACACACUCACACACACACAUGUACAUUCUCUGUAGUGCCUUAUUUCUGGCAAUAAUGCAACUCUCAGACACUUACAAAAGUGCUGUCCCUCUCAACUUGUCAACAUGGUUAACAAAUGUUUUCUGAGGAAAUUGUGACACAGGUAUGCAAAGAUAAUAUAUUUCUUUUCACUAGAACAUGUAGAGCUCAGUUCUCUGUCAGGCAUCCUCACACCACCCCCACCUGAUAAAAAAGGAAAUUAAGUGAAAACAUUUUUUUAAAUUUUUAAUAACUAAUAAACAUUAAAAACGAUUACUUUAUGAGCACGCAAAAUUAAAUUACUGUUAGAUCCAAAUGUGUGGGUCUACUGCCAAACCUUCCCAUUGAUACCAGAACCUAAUUCUUGGGGUUUUUUAGCUGUCAGGUGAACAGCUUUUACCUCAGACUGCUCUUACAAGCAACUUUCAAUUUUUCAUAGUAAAAACAUCAGCAUUAGUGGUUAUACAGAGAAGCUUGUUUAAAUUUAUAUAUCUCAGCUGUUCCAUACAGGAUGGUGUGACGGCUUUUGUAGGAUUUAUUUCAAAUUCACUCAUACGUCUUAAAGACAAAGAACGGAAAGAUUUACACAUAUUUAACAUAUUUCUGAAUAUGAAGCAGCUUUUGGUAAUGAACUUUUUUUAAUCCAGCUACAGACUUUGUACUACAUUCACUUAUUGCAAGUUAACCCAGAGUUAACCAUUAACGCUAAUUUUACAGUAUGAACACAUUGUCAAGUUGUUCUGCAAGUUCCUGAGUAGAACUGAAAACCUUUUUCAUAAAUAUUUGGCUGCCAGCCAUCAGAAUUGUCAGUUUACCAAAAAACCUUAUAUUAAAUCUAUAGUCUGGUAUUGGUUCAUUUUAGAGGUUUAUUUGGGAAGCAGUCUCAGAAAAACAACUUUUCUCUGCUGGUUAUUUUAAACAAAAUUCGAGCAAAUAUUACGAAAUAAACAUCCCAAGUUACAAUCUUUAGCUUUAGCACUGUCUCGUCUUUACUAAUAGCUUCAUUUUUUUAUUAAACUGACGCUAAUAUCCUUUAUCAUUUGCAUCCAAAGUGUUUUUCCCAGUCCAGCCUGACAGAUAAAUACAUUUCCUCCAAAUCAUGCCCAGGACAUUUUUAUUUAUAUAGUGUUUAAGUUAUUACAUUGUUGUUACAUUGUGUGCCCUUUCUACAAGAUGGCAAAUAAAUGUCAAAAUAAGUCAAUAAACA